AUGGAGAACAGAAGCUUCGAAGGAACAAACGACAAACCAUGUGUUGCGGAAAUGUCGUUAAUUUCCUCAGCUUUUCUGAUUUGUUUGUACGCUGUGUCCAGCAUGACUUGCCUUUUUGGCAACUGUGUUGUCCUUCUUGCGAUCUAUCAAACAAAGACACUCCGCACUGUAUCAAAUUUUUUCAUCGCCUCGCUCGCUGUAGCGGACAUUUCAGUGGGUUUUUUCAUGAACCCGAUUCUGAUUUCUAAAGCAGCACUGAAUAUUUGGCAAGGAAACCACUGGCUUUCAAAACUAGCUGACUUCAUGUGGAUUCAAACGACAACAAGUGCUACUUUUAAUUUAUGUUCCGUAAGCAUCGAUCGAUAUGUAGCAAUUACUGCAGUUUUCAAAUACCACCGAAUCAUGACCCGCAAGAAGUGUUUCGCUGCAUUGACUUUGAUCUGGCUGUUUUCUUUCCUGUUUGCUUCUGUGAGACUUUUCAUCGACAACUCAGCGGAUCUUCCAAGACUUUGGAUUUCAACUACAGUCUUAACAGUUAUCAUUCCACUCUUUCUCAUCGGAUUUUGCUACCUGAAAAUUUACUGCGCGGCAAGGACGCAGAUCAAGAAAAUUGCUGAACGCAAGAUAAGUGCGGAAGAAGCGAGAUUGUCUGCAAUGAACAGAAAAGCAGCGUGGACAGCGGGAAUAGUUAUUUUUCUUUUUGUGGUCAUGUGGUUACCAAGCUUCUUGGCCUCCUGCAUCGAGCUUACGACGGCGAAUCGCUGUAAAAAGUUAGAAGUUGACUAUGCGUGGUUCUGGCUCGCCUUUUUAUGCUUUUGCUCAUCAGCAGUUAAUCCAUGGGUCUACACGAUAAGAGUGCCAGAAUUUAAAAACACUCUGAGAAGAAUUUUGGGUAGGAAACGAAUGAGUAGAGAGCUUUCUCGGAGUAUAGCUGCGAGUUUUAGGAAUUCCAAAAGUAAUCCGUCAGCAAUUUAAAUUUCUCGACACUCCAAUGUUUUAAAACGAAAAAUGUUUGCUUCGUAUCACAGUUUAAGACUGUUAAUGUAUGUACAAUGAAUAAAACGGAGAAGAAAAUUGAUAAUUGAUACUUAGAGAUCUUAAUUUUCAUUACAUACUCGCUGUUCUUGAUUUCUUGUGGUUGAUCCUAUUUGUCACACCUUGAAUGCUGAGCAUUUACAGCAUUUUUAUCAACGUUUUUUUACCGCACGCCUAUUCAUGUCAACGUGCAUAUUUAAAACUUUAAUUAGUAAUGAAGCAGCUUUGCGGAAUCUGUCAUUCGUCUUUCUACGAACGACUUGUUAAACGGCAAUUUUUAAAGCUUCAUUUCCGAGAAAAAAAGUGAAAAAAUUAAGUAAUGAAGCUGGUUAUAUUGCAUUACUUUAGACGAAUAUGAUGUUAGUUUACAUAAUUAAAAAAGUCUACAAACUGAUCAAAUCUCUCCAUCCCCACAUUGAAGAAUUUUCAUUCAAAAGUUUCAGUCGUGUCAAAUUAUGUUUAAAUCAACCUCAAAAUAUCCUUACAACAACUUAUUUUAAAACAGGAUAAUUUUUUCCUGUUUUUACAGAUAUAUGAUAUUUGAAUUAGCGGUAUUGCUGUGGUGGUAAAAAAUGUCGAUGAAUGAUUAUUCACUUGACUACAAGGCAGAAGUUUCUUCACUCCGACAUACACACCGACGGAACUCACCGCAGUUCGCUUUCAUGUCUCUUGCAAGUAUUUAUUUCGGGGGGGUAACAUGGCGGAUAUUAAACAGAAAAGAUAAAUCGCUCUAUCGAUCAGUUAGAAAAUCAGAACACAACAUUUUUUUAAUUUUUUUCCCACGCGCAGAGCGAAGUAAGCCAUUCCAAACGGUAAAAGAGGGAUGUCUACUGAUAAUAAUAAAAUGAUUGAUUGCCGCAAACUUUUUUAAUCAAAUAGCAUGUUAGAAUUUUAAGGGCAACUCCAAUUUAACUCCAUCGAUAAACCCCUUUAUUUUUGCUUUAAAACUACAGAGAUCAAAUUUGACAGUUUUCGCUUAAAGUUUCGCGUAGGUUUAGUUUGCGGGUUGAAGGUUUGAUCUCUCCAUAUCCUGCAUUAACAACUUUUUAGCGAUUUUUAUUGAACUGGCAAGCUGCACCAAGAAUAUUAAGACCUAUUAAUGGCGUAGGCGGUGAAAAGGACUGUCAACUAGGCGAAAUCUGAAAGGGAAAAGUCUGUGUGUUAUGUUUAGUCCUCAGGCACUAGACUACGGAUAGUCUUUUCUACGUAAAUGUUUUUUUCGCUGAUUAUUUUUUAGUCGCGCGACAAACUUCGCCAAAAAAAAGAGGGACUACUGGAAGUCUAGUCAGUUCCCCUACGGGUCGUAAAACAAAAAGAUAAGGCAAGCACUGUCUGUCCUCACCAUUCUUAGGUGCCCGCUAUUUCUUUUUGUCUAAGGUCGCUGAAAGGGAGACUUUUAGCCUGUUUGACUGAAUAGAAUGGUGGAGGAAAAUAAGCGAUGUAAAUGUCUUUUUCAAGAGUUUCAAUAAUAUUUUGCUAAUAAUUUCUAUUGUGAGGAAAUUUAUUGAUUUAGUGGGCAACAUGGUAUCUCGCUAUUUCCUUAAAAGCACUUGAAUUUUCCUUUGUCUAAAAGGGACCUUAGAUCUUGAAAACACACCAUUUGAUGUUUCGUUCUACCCCAUACCUAAGGACGCUUACUAUUUUAACGGUAGCCUAUGCGCAGGUCCUCAUCAUUAGUAUUGCUGGACGAGCGUUUCCUAGCCAGCGAUAGGAUUUGAGACGGGGUCUGGCACUAACAAAAACAGUGUCUGCGCAAUUCUUUCGAUACCACAACAACAUCAUACAACCUUAUUUAUUCAGGGUCGUUAACUAGAAUGGCCUUCAGUUGAUCUUGCUGGCUCUUUUACGCUCUUUAAUUUGAUAACGAUGAGCAGUUUUUAGCAGCAGUUUGACUGCGUUUAUCAUCAGGAACCCAUGGUGAUGGGCUCCUGUUGUCAUAUAUUUUACUUUACGUAUUUAUUUUCCCUCAUUCCGUCUGAAAAAUCACGAUUCAGCACCUGACCUCUCGGUCAAAAAGUGUUCGUUUUUAACAUCGGAAAUUUUCCAUGAAUAACCAUUCUAUAUAAGUAUGGGUCUUCGCUUUGCGCGCUGCGAGCUCCGCUAGUAUAUUUAGAUUAUUUUGCUUUAGAAAUGAAAAUUGAUACUUGGCCUGAUGGAAAUAUAUCUUCAUGUAAUUGCGUGGAAAGGGAAAACAUCACGAGUGCAAGCAAUCGUUUUGAAACUCGAGAGAUCUCCAUAUACAACAUCGGUUUGCGCGUGACUUUAUACGUCACACAAAUAUAUAUAUAUAUAUUGGAAUAUACUUGGAAAAAAGAACGCGCUAUUUUCUAUGCUCAAAAACUCUCUCCUAAUUUUUCUUUACUUGAGAGUAAUCGAUGCCCACUUUCCAGUUUUUUUGCAUUGAUUCUUUAAUUGUGGUUGGUUUUCAUUAAAUUGACGUGAACGACCAUCGUGACGAUUGCCUGAAGACUAUGUCAUAUACACCUAACCCUUAGCUGAAAAAUCACUCCAUAAUUUAAGUUGUUAGCUUGAUUGCUUUCAGCGAUCACAUAAAAAAAUUUGGAGGCGGUCGGUUUUAGAGAAAAUAAUUUUCUUUUAUUUAUUUCUUAUGUCUUUGUACAAUCCUAUUUUGCAUUUUUUUUUUUUUUUUUUGUAUUUUUUUUCUCAUGCAAAUAUGAUUUGACUUCCAAUUAACAGAUGUCUUAUAGUUAGACAUCGACGCUCGGCAAAACAAACACAGAAUAUUCACUUUAAUCAUAAGAGCCUGUUCCCAGGCUAAGUUGUUUUCAAAGAAAAUACUCAGUGUAAAAUUUGUUUUCAUAAAAGUUCUUUCCCUAAGGCAAAAAAAUUUAAUAUUAAUAGUUGUUUUAUUUUUCCUUAAACGUAAUCGCUGCUACCAAAAAUAAAUUUAAUAUUUAAUGAUAUUCAUUUUACAUCUCGGAUAUAUUGAAUAUGGAACUAUGUUCAAUUGUCAAGUUAUUCUCUCGAAAACCUUAAUAUAAGGUAGGUUUUCCUUUCCCUUUUUCUAGAAUGAACAAUUUAGUAACUGGCGUUUGGUGACCAAUUACUUUGCCGCAAAUGAUCUUGUUUGCUUAAAUCCCUGGGAUCUCAUCUUGGUUUUAAGUUUCUGUCUUCGCCGACCUCUGUUUAUUGGCUUCAUCGAUAUCUAAGAAAACGAAACAACAAUGACUAUGUCGGUUUAUUAAUUAAACAGGAACAAAUGACAGUCAUAACAGGUGAAUUCAAAAAUAUGAAUUUUCUUUUUCUUUCAGCCGCCGAAGCUUCAAAGCAGACUAAAACUAGACGAACAGUUGCUCCACCAGUUACAAAAAUCACCCAAGACUAUGAACGAAACAACUUUCCCCCCUGCGAUUUCUGCAAGAUCUUCACAAUUCAUUUUUCUCGCAGCGUUGAGCUGUAUUUCUGGAGUUUUAUCCAUUUGUGGAAACACAGUGGUCCUGAUCGCCAUAUUUCGCACCAAAUCCCUACAUACCAUCUCAAAUUAUUUUAUUGCAUCGUUGGCCGUUGCUGAUCUGAUGGUGGGAAUUCUCCUCAACCCCAUCUUGGCUGCGAAAGCCGUCAUUUUCAGCUAUCUGGAUCCCGAACGCCCUCUAAAAGGGUCUGUAUUCGACAAGGUGGAAGACUUUGCGUGGAUCCAAGCUGUUGUUGCGACAACUUUCGGCCUGACCGCCAUUAGUAUUGAUCGCUAUAUUGCUGUGAAAUUUGGGUUCAGAUACGAAACCCUAAUUACUCCUAAAUUCUGCCUCCUUGCAACAGCUUCUGUGUGGCUCGGCUCGUUCGUCUUUGCCAGCGUUCGGCUAUUUCUUGAUAAACCCCAAGAUUUAUCGACACUUUGGCUCAUUAUGGGAGUCAUAACAUGUAUUUUUCCGACUCUAAUCAUAACAUUUUGUUACAUGAGCAUUUUCAGGGAAGCGAAACAACAAAUUCGGAAAAUCAAACAAGAAAGCUCACUUGCAGCGAGACAAGAACAAACGCGUCGUAAUAACCCGGCUCGUGUUAGCCACACGAAAACUGCUUUUACAGUUGCCAUUGUGAUUCUACUUUUUAUAAUUCUGUGGGUGCCAAGUUUGGCCACCGCGGCCAUUCAGUUCAGCCUAUCAGGGUCAAACAAACCUAAAGAUCAAGUAACUUUGGUGAAAUUAGAGCGCGAAGUUUGGAUGUGGGUUUCCUUAGUGGCUUAUCUGAGUUCAGCCAGCAACCCUUGGGUCUACUCUAUUCGUUCCAGAGAAUUCAGAACUGCUUGUAAGAAAAUUUUCAAUUUCUUUGGG